AUGGGUGCUGUCUUGACAAAGAAUCCGACUAAUUCGUUGAAAAAUGUCGGAAAGAAGCCCCUCUCGCCGGCGCAGCCACGCCAAUUGCCACGCCAAUUGCCCCGCACCGCCGUCAAUGGAGACACCACUCCUCAACCCGUCAGAGCUCCAACAGCAGGCAAUGGUGCUGCGAAGACUCUCGAUAAACCUGCGGCGAAUGCGGAGGUGCCAGUAAGGAACAAGUCCCCCACCAUUUCUUGCAUAGCGGUCCCGGAAAGGUGGGAUAGCAUAGAUUUUCUCCCACUCUAUUCUCAGCUUCUCUCUCGUGCAUCCUCGCCACUUUUCAGAGCUUCUGCUGCAAAUUCCAAAGCUAAUAAAAGCUUUGUGGACUGCUAUGAUACGGAGAACGACCGCAGCAAUAAUAAUAGGAGUAGGGGCCACAGAAGAGCUUCUGGGAGGCACUCUUUCAGUUCUCGCCGUAUGUCUCGGGAAGAUUCAGGGAAGCGGGGUGAACGGAGAAAAAGUAAGGACAGUUCGAGUAGUGAUGUUGUCAUUGUUAAGCGAAUUCCUUCCCAAUUUUUAUCAAUAGCCAUGCAAUCCACAUCAGUGCCUCAGCGUGAUUUCCCAAGCGAUACCGUUGUGGCUGAAGUGGACGCAAGUGUUGGAGUAAGGAAGGAGGAAGCAUUUGGUGGAAGCCGGUACAAAUCAUUCUCUAUACGAGACCAUGCAAGUUCUUUUUUGCUGGCAGCCUCACUGCCUGGGAAUGCGAGGACUACAUUCGCCCAUGGCACCUCUUCACUGAAGCUAGGACAGAUUGGGAGUGUUAGUUUGCAGGAAAAGCGCAAUUUUAUUCUGGAAUGGAUUAAUGGGGUUGAAAAAUAUAGAAAAAUGCGGGGGCAAAAAGAAGAAUAG